CAUAAAAGAGAAGCAUAUCCUCGGAAGCAUAAGGUAAAAGUAUAAGGUCUUGCUUCGGAGAAAAAGGUAGAAGUAUAAUCAUAUACUUGUUGUCAUAUGCAUAAUGGACUCGCGAGGAUAUCCUCCAAGAAGAAGUAAAAGAUUGACUGGUAUUUGUAUCUUGAGCAACAUGUCCCGACUUGUUCCAGCUUGUAGUUGACCAUCACUGAC